AUGAAUGAUUUCGAUAAACGAGUAUCUGUUAAGAAUACAAUUGUUGCUCAGAGGUGUGCGGUGUGUUUGAUUCAGGAAACAAAAAUUCAGUUUAUGUCUCAUUGGUUUGCGAGACAAUUAUGGUAUGAUGACAACUUUGAUUGGUUUUAUAUCCCAUCGGUGGGGAGCAGUGGUGGAUUAUUAACCAUAUGGGAUAGUUCUAGGUUCGAAAAGUUAGAUGAAAGACUUGGCUUUAACAACAUUGCUUCAGUUUUCUCAACUAGAGUUAAUGGCUUCAAGUGGGCUGUUGUUGACGCUUACAGUCCAUGUGAACAUACAUGUGAAUAUAAUUCUAGAACGGAUUUUUGGGUUGAUAUGGAUGCGACGAGAAGAUGGUGGAGUGGACCUAUUUGUAUUGCGGGUGAUAUGGAUGCGGUUCGAUCAGGAGAAGAGAGAAAUCGAGGAGUAGGAGAUAGGAGGAAUACUUCCUUGUUGAAUAACUUCAUUCAGGAGCACGAAUUAAUUGACCAACCUUUAAUAGGAGGUGCUUUUACUUGGUCGAAUAAUCAAGUUAUUCCUCUUCUUUGCAGGUUAGAUCGUUUCUUGUUUAGCCAUGACUUUGAGGUGGUAUUUCCUAAUGCCUUACAUGUUGUGUUAACGAGAACGAUUUCAGAUCAUAACCCCAUUUUGAUGAUUUCAGAACCGGUUGCGACUUCUAAGCCUUAUUUUAAGCUUGAUAGGGUGUGGGUAGAGCACAAGGACUUCGUGAAGAACGUACAACAGUGGUGGGGUGUUAUGAACUAUAUAGGGAGUGCGAGUUCCAGUUUUUUUCUAAAGCUUCAAAACUUGAAGCAUCUUAUCAAGCCGUGGAGAUUGAGGGAGUUUGGGGGUAUUUCGAGGGAUAAGGCUGAACUUACAGGAAGAAUUCAGGAGCUCAAUAUUUUGGAAGAAACUGGUGCACUGCAACACCAUCAGCUGGAGGAUAGAACUCAAUGCAAGUUAAAGUUGAAGAGCAUAGAAUCUAUGGAAGCAAGAAAAUGGCAGUUGAGGAAAAAGCAUAAUGACUUCCGGUGGGGGAUUCAAAUACACGUUAUUUUCAUAGCAUUGCAAGUGCGAGAAAGAAGCGUAAUACGAUUGUCAAGCUUCAAGUAG